AUGAAAUUCAUAACAUUUGGAUUACUUUUCUUGUCCUUGCUAAGCAAUGUAUUUGGGAAUGGAGAAAGCAGUAUUUCUCUAAAUGAUGUUGUUCCUGGGGAUACCCAAGUUGUUGUAUGGAGCCCGGAGGAGAAGCCAGAUUUUACCUAUGCAAGAAAAGUCUUUGAGCUUGUUGUAAUCAGAAAGCUUACUCUUUUACAUUCUAGAGGUGAUUUACCAAGUUUGAGUUUAUGGGCGAAAAGAAUGAAAGAUUCUACUCUUGUAAGAUCCGCUGACGUAAUUCAAGAAAUUUAUCGUCAUUUAAAAUCUAACCAAAUUGAUGUUUAUCUUUUACCAUUGGGAUGGGAAACUGUGUUGGCUAAGAGCAUUGAGCUUAAGAAGAAAAUGAUGGAUUUAGAUGAUAUCAAGAGUGUCUCUAGAAAGGCAGUUCUUUCUGCUGCUUGGGAGGCAUUUGACUAUUGGAUAACUGUCCAAGACAGUGGUUUACCUUCUUCUCCAGAAGAAUGGUGGGAGCAUGGGCCAGCUCAAUUGGUCAAGCAGCUCGAAGCAAAGAUUUCAUUUGCUUCAGAAUUGAAUCUCGAGGGUUUAAUAGAAGCUGCAAAAAGCUACUCAGCUCUCCGCCUUACAUAUGGAAAUACUAAGAUUGCCCAAUCUCAGAACUCAAACGAACUUAAGGCAUUAUCUGAAGAGUCUGCAAUUAAUUUAUUACUUAGAUUGGUUAUAAAUGGAUGUCCUGAUAUACUAGAUGAUGUUCUUACCUCUGUAAACAGAAUGUUCAUGCUUAAGGAUAAUGGAAAUUACCAUAAAGAAUUUGGUCUACCCUAUCUCUAUGAUGACAUUGGAAACGUUAGAUCACUUCUAUCACCACCAAAGUUCGGUUUUCCUUAUAAUUUAAACUCAAAGGCAGGUAUUGAAAGAUUUAAUUUACAUUUGAAAAUUAGGAAUGCCAACCUUGAGAAAGAUACUGACAUUGAGGCAACGGAUGUGGAGUUACUUCCUGAAUAUAUCAAACUCCACUACAUUUUGCAGAAUUCUGUUGAAGCCUUCAAGUUUAUUAAUUGGUCUGAGGAUGAUGUUGAAUAUGGUUAUAUGUAUGGUCUCAAAUCAAACACUCUAUUUGAGCCAGUAUCUACACUCUGGAAAGCUCUUAUUUUUAAUAAAAUGGGAGAAAUCCACCCAGAAAUUUUAUCCUUGAACAAGUGUCUUCUUAGUCCUGAAUUUUCAACUUUAGUUUCAGACUUCAUUUCCAAACUUGAGGUAUCUACAGAAGGAAUUCAAAUCCCUCCUAUUUAUAACAUAUACUCUGGAGACUACUCCAAACUUGAACGUUUCAUCAAUACUGAUUCCCCAUUGCCCCAGGUUGAAUCACCAGCUGAAGAGGUACGUGAUGUGGAAUGUACAAAUGAGGAUGUGUUCGAGGAGGAGCAAAACGGUGCAUUUGAUAGAAAGCUUUUAUCGACUUCAGAAGAUAUGGUUCUUGAGCCAAAUCAAGGAGAUGAUUUGGGUGAAGAGAAUUUGUCACCAUACAUAGCUACUGCAACUCCGACUUCAACUACUACUACAACUACGACUACAACUACGACCACAACUACAACUACAACUACAACUACAACUACAACUACUGUGACAAUAUCUCUCAGAACCCCAUCAUUAGAAAGCUCACCCUCACCACUAACAGAAUCUCCAUUACUGUACACACCCGAGUCCGAGUCCGAGUCUUUAAGUCCUGUAAUUUCCCCAUUAGAGAGUGAAGUAGGUAUGUCCGUUAUUCCACGGGAUGGAGCAUCCUAUUUGGAGAGUCAAGAAUCGGGUUCAAUUGAUUGUAGUCAUCCGGGACUUAGAGAAGAUUCUGUUCUUUGUUUAAGCCAUUCGCCUCAGGGAAAUGAUUAUGAAUAA